AUGGAGAGCCUGCUGGAUAAUCCAAUGAAAGCCGUUCUGUACCUGAAGGAGCUCACCACCAUCGUCCAGAACCAGCAGAGCCUGAUCCAGACGCAGCGCCAGCGCAUCGACGAGCUCGAGCGCAAGGUGGAGGACCUGAUCGGCGAGAACCGACUGCUGCGCGACCCGCACCACUACGUCCAGCAGCCGGCUCCGCACCAGCAGCAGCACCACCACCACCCCCACCAACACCACCAGCAGCACCCGACCCACCGCAGCGUCAGUCCCCAGGCGCCGGCCCACCUCCAUCACCCGCACCCGGGGAGCAACAAGGCUGCGGUGCACCAGGCGCAGCUUCAGCAGCAGCAUCAGCAUCAGCAUCAGCACCAGCCUCCACCUCCGCAGCAGCAGCAUCAGCACCAGCCACCACCGCAGCAGCAGCAGCAGAUCCCCGGUCUGUCGGCCCAGCCUCAGCCUCAGCACCACCAUCAGCAGCAGCAGCAGCAGCCGUCACCUGCUGCUCCAUCCUCCCACCACCCGCAGCAGCUGCAGCUCGUCCCCACCUCGCCGCAGUCGCCCAAAACGAGCCAAGCCAGCCCGGACUCCGGCGAGGAGGACAAGCGAAGCCCCUGCUGCAAGUCGCUGGUUCCGCAGACCCCCACCACCCUGUGCCGCUCGGUUGGACUGGCCAGGAAAGCGGAUAACCAAACAGUGCUGCACCAGUUCUGCUGCCCAGCCCCCGAGGUCCCAGAGGGGGAGACAUCGACCGCCUGUGUCCCCAGCGAUGACCUUCCUCCAGGAUCGUCUAUGGGGGAGGAAGGGAAGGGAGGAGAGGGGGAGCUGCAGAGUGAGGCCCAUUCACAGCCAGAACCAGCACCGGAACCACAACCACACCCACAACCACAACCACAACCACAGCUACAGCAGCAAGAGACUCGGCCACAGACUCCACCGCCACAGCCACAGCCGCAGUCAGAGCAAGAGCCAGAACCAGAACCAGAACCAGAACCAGAGCCAGAACCAGAGCCACAGCCAGAACCAGAGCCUGAACCAGAGCCACAGCCACGGCCAGAACCAGAGCCAGAGCCAGAGCCAGAGCCAGAGCCAGAGCCAGAGCCAGAGCCAGAGCCAGAGCCAGAGCCAGAGCCAGAGCCAGAGCAGGAGCCAGAACCAGAGCCACAGCCACAGCCCCAGCCCCAACCCGAAAUCAAACCUCAGCCUCAACCCGAACCAGUACCGCAUCCCGAACCGGAGCCUGAGCCUCAAGUUGAGACUCCGAUCAAAGAAGCCGUGCGGGAUGCACCUGAAUCCCCUUCGCCGUGCGGAGAGGUGCAGCCAGCGGAGGAGCAAGAGGACCAGAAGUUGGAAGACUUUGCCGAAGCGAAGAGAAAGCAAGAGGCAGAGGCCGAGGCCGAGUGGCGUGAGGGCGAGGCAGCUCAGGAGCAAGAGGAGGAGGAAGGGGGAGGCGCUAAAGGAGGCGUGGCGGCCAGGAGGGCCAGCCUGCACCACACGGCCUCGCCCAUGAGGUUGCAGCGCAAUGGCGCCGGCUCGCACACAGCCACCUCGGACUAUGAGCUCUCGCUUGACCUCAAAAAUAAGCAGAUCGAAAUGUUAGAGCACAAAUACGGUGGACACCUCAUCUCCCGCCGUGCCGCCUGCAAGAUCCAGACUGCCUUCCGCCAGUACCAGCUCAGCAAGAACUUCGAGAAGAUCCGCAACUCACUGCUGGAAAGUCGCCUUCCUCGACGAAUCUCCCUGCGCAAGGUCCGUGUGCAAAACACGGAGGGUUUCUCUGCUGAACGGGCCCUGGCAGAAGGCUGCAACUUGGCAGGCAUCCCAUUGGUGCGCUCCCCAUCUCUGCCUGCCACAGUUGGUGGCACCCUGACUGACCUGGAAGACUCCUUCACUGAACAAGUCCAGUCACUGGCAAAGUCCAUUGAUGAUGCACUCAGCAACUGGAGCCUGAAGACCAUGUGUUCACUGCAGGAAGGCGGCACCUAUCAAUUCACUGCCGACUCUUUCACUAGAGCAGCAGCAGCUGCUGCUGCAGGGGUGGGAGGUGUGGGAGAAGGAGGUGGUGUCGGACAGCCAGAGAUUCAUCAAGUCCCUGUGGACCCAAGUGACCUGUCGAGAAGUGCAAGCAAGCUGAUGAUGGCAUUCCGAGAUGUGACAGUGAAAAUCGACAGCCAGAACUUCAGCGUUUCAUCUUCAGUGAUGGAAUCGUCCACUUCUGUCACAGUGGGCAGCUGCGUCCAGCAGGAAGGAAACUUCACCACUGUCACAACCGCUUCCACAACAACAAACUCCACACCAGUCUCUGGUCUCCCUCAAGAACCCCCUCCUCCUCCUGCAGAGGUCCCAGCUGAGCCUAUAGAUCCCCCACCGCCCCCCCAAGAACCCCCACCACCCCCAGAAUCAGAGACAGAAGUAGGCGAGCAGGAUAUUGAAUUCCCUGCUCCUCCUCCGAGUGAGGAGGAGCUAGGGGAGGAUGAGCUACUUCCCCUUACCCCUCUCGAAAAGAUGGCCGCCGCGCACAGGCCGGAGAAUAUUGUGGUGGUGUCCCCACCAACCAGAGAAUCCCCUCGAGCCCCUCCACCACAGAGCUCCCCUGUGUUGGAGCCUCUUGGGGUCAAUAGAUGUGGCUCCGAGAUGGCAGAUAACAGCUCGGAGCAGAUGAGUAGCAGCAGCACGUCCACAGAGGCACGCUCCACAUCAGAAGCCUCAUCCAAGGAGGCCCUGCAGGCGAUGAUCCUCAGCCUGCCACGCUACCACUGUGAGAACCCUGCCAGCUGUAAAUCGCCCACGUUGUCCACUGACGUCAUGCGGAAACGCCUCUACCGCAUCGGCCUCAACCUCUUCAAUGUAAACCCUGACAAAGGCCUUCAGUUCCUCAUCUCACGAGGCUUCAUCCCCGACACGCCCAUCGGUGUGGCGCACUUCCUGCUGCAGAGGAAGGGCCUGAGUCGGCAGAUGAUCGGGGAGUUCCUCGGCAACAGCAAGAAGCCCUUCAACAGAGACGUUCUAGACUGUGUUGUGGAUGAGAUGGACUUCUCGGGGAUGGAGCUGGACGAAGCGCUGAGGAAGUUUCAGGCCCACAUUCGUGUCCAGGGAGAAGCCCAGAAGGUGGAACGUCUUAUCGAGGCCUUCAGCCAGCGCUACUGCAUGUGCAACCCUGACGUGGUGCAGCAGUUUCACAACCCGGACACCAUCUUCAUCCUGGCCUUCGCCAUCAUUCUGCUCAACACCGACAUGUACAGCCCCAACAUCAAGCCCGAUCGCAAGAUGCUGCUGGAGGACUUCAUACGCAACCUGCGAGGUGUGGAUGAUGGAGCGGAUAUCCCCAGAGACAUGGUGGUGGGAAUCUACGAGAGAAUACAGCUGAGGGAGUUACGCUCCAAUGAAGACCACGUCACCUACGUCUCCAAGGUGGAGCAGUCUAUUGUGGGCAUGAAGACGGUUCUCUCUGUCCCUCACAGAAGAUUGGUCUGCUGCAGUAGACUUUUCGAGGUGACAGAUGUCAACAAGGCCCAGAAGCAGGCGGCGCACCAGAGAGAAGUCUUCCUCUUCAACGAUCUAAUUGUGAUCUUGAAGCUUUGUCCAAAGAAGAAGAGUCCUGCAGCCUACACGUUCUGCAAAGCCAUGGGCCUGCUGGGCAUGCAGUUCCACCUGUUUGAAAACGAGUACUACCCUCACGGCAUCACCAUCCUCUCGCCCUUCGGAUCGGACAAGAAGCAGAUUCUUAACUUCUGCGCCCAAAGUGCAGAGGACCUGCUCAAAUUCAUCGAGGACCUGAAGGAAUCAAUCGCGGAGGUGUCGGAGAUGGAGCAGAUACGUAUUGAAUGGGAGCUGGAGAAGCAGCAGGGAGCCAAGACGCACUCGGUGAAGAACAACGGCACACAGCUCGAGCUGCGUGGCAAGCCGGGCUCCACAUCAGGAAACCAGGAGGUAGACGACAGAAGCCCACACAAUGCAGUGGAGGUGUCAAUUCACAACAGGCUUCAGACGUACCAGCUCAGCAGCAGCAGCUCGGCUCGGAGUCCCGAGAGCGUGGCCCUUCUUAACCACCGGGGGGAGCUGCUUUUCCAGCAGGCGCCCCAGGGGCUAAUUCAGGGGCCUCCACCUCAGCACCCGCAGCUGCAGGCAGCAGCUAGCACCCCCGUCCACCACCUCCACCUCCAGCAGCAACGCCAGACCGCCGUCAGCAUGUCCGACCUGCGGCCCGAGACGCUCAUCCAGUGUCAACAGAUCGUCAAGGUCAUCAUGCUCGACCACAGUGGGCACGGACGCGUCGAGGCCUUCCUCAGCCAAACGCCCACCCACCACCUCUACCACCACCACAGCCAUCGCCAGCUCAGCCACUCGGCCAUGUCCACCCCGGUCCGCUCGCCGGACGGCUACCACGGCGGCGACGGUGACGGCCACCAGCCCCCGUUACCUCCCCCACCUCCGCCUUAUAACCACCCGCACCAGUAUAUACCCCCCGACCCACGACUCAGUCUACACCGGACCCCAAGUGACUCUCAGAGCAUGGUGUAA